GUGACGUCAGCAGGAUGUAAAACUUCCCUGCCUCGCGGCCCGCUCGCUCUUUCGCCUCCCUCGCGCUGUUCGGACGGCAGGCCGGCUCUUCUGUCUCUGGGACGUUUAACACCGAAAACGGCAACAAAAUGAUCAUCUACAAGGACCUGCUCUCUGGUGACGAGAUGUUCUCCAACAUCUACAAAAUCCGAGAGCUCGAAGGAGGCAUCCUGUUGGAAGUCGAGGGGAAGAGGAUCACCAGGACAGAAGCGAUCGACGAUAGUGCCUUUGGGGCCAACCCGUCUGCUGAAGAGUUGUCCGAGGCCAAUGAGGCGGCCGUCUCGAGCGGUGUAGACAUCAUCCUUAACCACAAGCUGAUUUCGACCCUCUACAACAAGAAGCAGUACUCUGCGUACAUUAAGAAAUACAUGAAGGACCUGAAGACCAAGCUGGAAGAGACCAACCCAGAGAGAGUGGACGCCUUCGUGGCUGGUGCCGUAGGAGCUGUUAAGAUGAUCCUGGGAAAGUUCAAAGACUUCGAGUUUUACACUGGAGAGUCCAUGAACCACGAUGCCAUGGUGGGGCUGCUGGAUUACCGCGAGGACGGCAUAACACCAAUCAUGCUUUUCUUCAAAGAUGGCCUGGAGAUCGAGAAAUGUUAACCUGGAUCAACAUCUACAUUUCAUCUGGCUGCAUCCUAAAUGGCCCCAAGAGCAGACCGAAGAGCACUAUUUUGCGUCAUGCCUGAACAGAAACAUUCUUGUCCAACGUCGUUAUAUAUUCAAAUUAUGGCCCACCGUACCACUCCCAAGACUGGGUGAAUCGAACCGACUGAGUAGUUUUAAACUUCUUUUUGGCUUCUGCAGCGUCGGAUUGUCGUCCCACAAUUGGCCCAUGUUUUGCGAUCGAAAAUAUAAGGCAGGACAGUGAGCAAAACUCGGACUCUUAUUUGAAAGAUGCUUUUUUUUCCUUCUGUAUGCAUACUGUUUUAGCAAUGAUCCGUGCAGGUCGACGACCCCGGACCUCUGUUUGUGGUUGCAUUAAUGAAAAUUCCAUCAACAAGACAUGAUUUGAAAAUAAAACCUAGUACCACCAAUUUCA